AUUGGCCACAACGCUUCUUCUCUGCAGCCGCUGCCCCCCUUCUCCGCCCCUUACACUCUAUUUUCCAGGUUUCUUUGCAGAGACCAUAAUCUCCCUCAUUCCCCUCUUUUCUUAGCUCCCUCUGAUCCGAAAGCUCACUUAAAUGCACCCAAAAACCUGAGAACUCGGUGCCAACUCACUGAUCUUCCAAGAUGAGAAAAUCAAAUGUCAUUAUUCACCCAGGUGAGUCCUCGAUCCUCCUCCACCUUCACCUCAUCAGAAGACCCAUUUCCUCCUCCUCAAUCGCCCCUCUUCCGGUUGACCCUGACCCACCUGAUCUUUCCUCCCAGCUCCUUUCUGUUCUCUCCCACCCAAGUUGGCAAAAACACCCCUCUCUUCGUAAUCUGGUUCCAAGCAUUUCGCCAUCCCAUGUAUCCUCUCUCUUCAGCAAUAACCCAAAUCUCGAUCCCCAAAUCGCCCUCAAGUUUUUCCAAUUUAUAGCUCGAAAACCUGGGUUCAAACAUAGCGUCCAAUCUUAUUCUCUGCUUUUAAACAUUUUAAUUAGCAAUAAGUUUUUUGGUGUUUCUGAGAAAAUCCGAACUUCCAUGAUCAAGAGUUGCAUUUCUAUUGAUGAUAUUAGGUUCACACUAGAUUUCCUAAGGGAAAUGAAUAGAGAUAAUAAUGAACAUAAGUUUAAGCUCACUCUUAGGACCUACAAUGAGCUACUAAUGAUGUUAUCAAGGUUUCUAAUGAUUGAUGAAAUGAAGCGUGUUUAUGCAGAGAUGCUCAGUGACAUGAUUGCCCCAAAUAUAUAUACGCUAAAUACCAUGGUUAAUGCUUAUUGUAAGAUGGGUAAUGUAGUUGAGGCUUCUUUGUAUGUGAGUAAGAUUUUGCAGGCGGGUUUAAGGCCUGAUACAUUUACUUAUACUUCUUUGAUAUUGGGGCAUUGCCGGAAUAAAGAUGUAAAUAGUGCAUGUAAUGUUUUUAAGAUGAUGCCGAAAAAGGGUUGUCGAAGAAAUGAGGUUUCAUAUACAAUCCUUAUACAUGGGCUUGGUGAGGCUAGAAGGGUUGACGAAGCUAUUAGUUUGUUUAAGAAGAUGAAGGAGGAUUAUUGUUAUCCAACUAUACGUACAUAUACAGUGAUUAUAAAUGCAUUGUUUGAAAAUGAUAGGAAAUUGGAAGCUGUAAAUUUGUUUAAUGAGAUGAGGAACAAUGGUUGUGAGCCAAAUGUUCAUACUUACACUGUGAUGAUUGAUUAUAUGUCUAAGGAAAGAAAAUUUGAUGAGAGUAGAAGAAUGCUAAAUGAGAUGAUGGAGAAAGGAUUGGUUCCAAGUGUGGCUACCUACAAUGCUUUGAUUGAUGGGUAUUGCAAGGAAGGGAUGAUGGAGUCUGCACAGGAAAUUUUGGAUUUGAUGCACUCAAAUAACUGUAGCCCAAAUGAACGUACAUACAAUGAACUGAUAUGUGGUUUUUGCAAAAGGAAAAAUGUGCACAAGGCAAUGUCAUUGCUUAGUAAAAUGCUUGAGCAUAGGCUGAUGCCAAACCUGGUCACAUAUAAUUCAUUAAUCCAUGGGCAGUGUACAGUCGGUCAUUUAGAUAUUGCUUAUAGGUUGCUUGAAUUGAUGAAGGAAAAUGGUCUGAAUCCUGACCAGUGGACUUACAGUGUUUUUAUAGACUAUCUUUGUAAAAAUAAGAGAAUAGAAGAAGCUCAUGUUUUGUUCAAUUCUCUCAAGGACAAAGGCAUAAAGGCAAAUGAAGUGAUUUACUCUACUUUAAUUGAUGGGUACUGCAAGGCUGGGAGGACAGAUGAUGCUGAUUCUUUGCUGGAAAGAAUGCUUAUUGAGGGCUGUUUGCCCAACUCAUCCACUUACAAUGCCCUUAUAGAUGGUUUUUGCAAAGAGAGGAAAGUGGAAAAAGCAUUGUCAUUGUUGGAAAAAAUGGUACAGGAGGGUGUGAAGGCCACAGUUUCUACUUAUACAAUUCUUAUAGUAGCAAUGUUGAAAGGGGGCAAUAUUGAUCAUGCUCAUAUGCUUUUUGCUCAAAUGGUUUCCUCAGGUAACCAGCCUGAUGUGUACGUCUAUACUGCAUUUAUUCAUUCAUAUUGUGGCACAGGGAAUUUAAAAGAGGCAGAGGAUAUGGUUUCUAUGAUGAUUGAAAGUGGUGUUAUGCCUGAUGCACUGACUUACACAUUGUUGGUUGAUGCAUAUGGACGUCUAGGAUUAUUAUAUCAAGCCUUUGAUGUUCUUAAGUGCAUGUUUGAUACUGGUUGUGAUCCCUCUCAUCAUACAUAUUCUUUUCUAAUCAAGCAUCUUUCAAAGGAAAAGCUAAUAGAGGAGAACAAAAGUGCUGUUCUUGAUUUGGUUCCAAAUAUCUCCUUCAUUGAUGUUGCUGAUGUGUGGAAGACAAUGGAAUUUGAAACUGCUCUGCUGCUUUUUGAGAAAAUGCUGGAACAUGGCUGUUCACCUAAUGUUAACACUUACGGAAAGCUCAUUAUAGGACUUUGCAAAGUGGGGCGCAUGGCAGUGGCUCAGAGGUUAUUUGAUCACAUGAAUGAACAAGGAAUUUGUCCCAGUGAAGAUAUUUAUAAUUCUCUUCUCAAAAGUUGCUGUGAGCUUGGAAUGUAUGAUGAUGCAGUGAGACUGGCAGAUGCUACAAUGGAGCGUGGUCAUUUACCACUUCUAGAGUCUUUGGGUUCACUUAUCUGCAGGCUAUAUGAUGAAGGAAACAAAAAGAAGGCUAAACAAGUUUUCUGUAAUUUGCUUCAUUGUGGGUAUAAUGAUGAUGAAGUAGCUUGGAAAAUCCUCAUCGAUGGCUUACUUAAGAGUGGCCUUGCUGAUGAAUGCUCUGAAUUGCUGGGCAUUAUGGAGGCAAGAGGUUGCCAGAUUCAUUCACAAACGUAUAAAAUGUUAAUUGAAGGACUUGAUGGGACAUAAUUCUUGGUAUUGUUCUAGAGAAAUUGUUUCGAAUAAGGGAAGGAGGCUUUCAGUUUCCAUGUUGAAUAUGGAGGCUAACGUAUAUAGUUUGAAUUUCAGAUUCUUUUUCGCUCAGAGUCUCCAAAUAUUUCACCUGGGAUUUAUUGGCUCUAGAUUCUGCGGUAGCCUGUUUUAUCAACCCAAACUGUUGGUUGUAGCAGCGGAACCAAUUGAAGAAAGGAAAUCUUAGAUGAAUAUCAGGAGACAGGAUUGUAUUGAUGCUACCUUCAAUUAUGAGUUCUUCAGUGUUCCCACUUUCGGUGAUAUUUACCAUCUCAAAGUUAAUGAUUGAGGUAAAGUUGCUUUGUUCAGAAUGCAUGUGCCUUUUGUGUCAUGCACUUAUACUCUGUAAAAAAACAUGUAGUCAUUAUUUUAUCUUUGUUUCACUUUUUUUCCACUCUUCACUGGAUAAAAUUUCCUUCAUCAUUAGUGGUAAUUUGUUAGUUUACAUUGCUAUAGUUAAGGUGCAUGCCUCUGAGUCUGAGGCCUUCGGAAAGCCUAAAUGGAUUGAGAAGAUAGUCAUUGAUGUGUUGAGAUCUUCAUAUCUAAGCUAACUUCUGCCACAUUACAUUAGAAGCCAGAUCAUAAGUAAAAUAAGUUAAAGUUUGAUGGUCCGUGCAAAAUUUCUUUGUUGCCAAAAUUUUAUCUAAUCUCGAUUUUAUUUUAAAAAAGAGACUGUUGGGCAAUUCUUCAAUUUUAUACGAUUGUCUCUAUAGAUCUAAGCUUUUCUAGUAUUUCACAACUUCAAUAUUUAGGAGUACUUUUGUGAGAUCUGUCUUUGCUGGAAUGGGAUGACUAGAUUGUAUUCUUUGAGUCUUAUUUUGAAAAACUUAUUGCUUUAGAAUAAUGUCAUUUUGGGAGUACUUGAAAUGGUUACGUCAUUUUGAGCCUACAAGCACUCAUCUGGUAAUGCUCUAUUAUUGAGUCGGUAAAAAUUUUUGCAAUUAGUCUCUUGGACUAUGUGAUGCAGUUUGAUCAUGAAUCCAUGCGCCUUGAGCAUGAUGCCUAGGAAAUUUAGAUGCGACUAGUAGAAUCUCUAAUUUUCCCCCUACCUUAAGCAGAAACCAAACAUGAUUCUGCAACCUCAAAAAAUAAAAAAUCUGCAAAAGAAGAAGAAGAGAGGAUUCAUGCACCUUGAGUAGAUGCUUAGGAAAUUACCCUUUCCUAGCUUUUAAUCGAUUCAAAACUAGUUCUAGACAUCGACUUCGAUCUAAUGAAUUUCAGCAAAUGAAAGGGCAAAAAAAGAGAUUAUCUUGUGUCUAGAAGUUUGGGUGCAUAGUUAUGCUUGAGAGAAGUCAGAGCACUAAAAAUAAAAUAAAAAUGCGUAUGGAAUUAUAUGGAGAAUUUAGCAGUCCUUCCAUUUGUCAAUAGAAACAGAUGUUUUAUGGUAUGGAGGUGGCUUUUGUGUAUGUAAUGUUUCUAAUUCCUACUUUUGGGAAGUCCUUGUGAUAACCUGAACUAUAUCAAUUUGAACAGGCCACUUCCUGAUUAAAUGGAAUGCUGGAUGGCACCUGUUUUCUUUACCAGAUCCAGACUCAAUUUCUUUGUAUUGAUGUAUUAGAAAUUAGAAUGCCAGAGUUUUGUCUUAUCAUUAGUUCACUUUAAUAUCUGACCUUAAUAUCCCUAUUUUCUCUCUCUAUUUACUAUUUCUGUGCCAUAGACUUUUUAAUAUAAUCCAUCUGCAAACCCUUCUGUUUGUUUAAUUAUCAAAAUUUUAAAUGUUCUAUCGUGAGUAAUUUGGGUUACAGUUUGCCGUUUUUGUUAUGUGGGUAUAUUUCUGUUUAGUCUUUACAUUGGAAGCCAACAGGGUACAGAAACCUUAGUGAAAAGGAAACCAUACUGCAACUCUAUUUGAGCAUGAAUGAUUUUCUUGGCUUGGUUAGGCAAAACUCCGUCAGAAGGAUUAAUGGUGGAGCAAGAGUUGGAUAGAAGUCUUAAGUCCAACAUCUGAACGGGAAGAAGAAAAGAAUAGCUUCACUAGCUGGAGACAACUGCAAAAAUUACCAUUCUUUUACCAUGAUCAUCAAGGUACUAUUAUUAAAAAGGGAGUAAGCUAUUGUAACUUAGAACUUGUCCAAGCAGCAUCAGGUUGUUGGAGGUUAAAAAAAGGGGUGGAGUGAGUGAAAUUAAAAAAAAAAAAAAAAAUCAGCAAGUUCAUUUCUUGUGUAAAGGACAGGUAACUUUCGGUCUGUACAGUGAGUGCCAAGCUAUCUUAUUGCUCAAUUAUAUAUUAAGCAUCUUUGCUUUGAUUGUCCUCGGGCUGGGACCGUAUGGUUAAAUUCUCCCUGUGCACUUAGAUAUUCAAUGCUUGGGGGAAUUGACAUUAAGGAUCAUUGGACUGAAUUGUUGAACUCUCUUGAAAAGCAUUCGGAUGGUCCUCAACUCAUUCAGAUAGUGGUUUUCCUGCUUUAGCGUAUUUGGAAACCACAAAAUGGUCUUAUCUUUCAAAAGUCACAGCAACCUGCAACCACAACUAUUCAGCUGGCUUUCCAGCACGUGGAAGAUAUUCAUGAGGCAUUGCUUUUUGACCUCGUGAAACCAAGGUUCCAAUAACCAGUCAGCUGAUCAGGCCACUACUUGGAGUCCUCCACCAAGAGAUUUUAUCAAGGUCAAUUUUGAUGCGGCUGUCGAUUCUAGACGCAGGAGAGGGGUGGUUGCUCUCCUGGCCCAUGAUCCUCAGGAUUUCCCUAUUGACUGGUUUUGCAGGAGAUUUGAUGCUAUUUUGAAUCCUUUUAUCUUGAAAAGCCUGGUAUGUCGUGAAGCUAUUUUAUUUGCUGUCCAAAAAGGUUUUCACUGGGUCAUUCCUUGAUGACCAUACAAGCUGUCUAAGAGGAGCACACAUCCAAAUCCAAGGACUCAUUGCUGAUAUCCAGAAUCUUGCUUCCAGUUUGUUCAAUGUCUCUUAUUAUGUGUUAAGAGAAGUGGAAAUACUGCAACUCAUGUUUUAGCUUCCAAGUUCCUCGGUGAUUGGAGUUUUGCAUGUACUCCUUGGCUGCAAAUUUCCUCUGUAUUUGGCAAUUUGCCUUCUCUUCGUUAAUGAUAUGAUCUUAUUGA